AUGGCCGCUGAAAAGGUGUUCUAUAAGGCCUCGGAACGCAUCCGGGACUUACUCGCAACGGAAACGCCUUGGAUCGAUCACAUUUACGUUGUGCGCUACGUCGACUUCACUGUUAAUACUCCCGCAGACGAAGGAGGCACAUGCGAUGACGGAAAAGCCCCUCGACCGGACGAAGAAGUCAGAAGUGCCAUCUUCAUCGGGAAAUCCGAUGAAAGAUACGCCGGUACACUCUACGAGACCUAUCGCUGGCCGGGUUCUAGCAAAUUCAAGCUCGGCGUCACUAGAUACGCCAACCUGGAGAGCCACACCCACAUGUCCACCGAUGCACCCGUCGGUUUCAUCUGGAAGAAGGACGCCGAGCACCUCCUCGACAUUGUCAAGUCGAUCCCAACUCCUGACCCGUCCGCCAUCUACGCCCCUGGGAACCUCCCUGAUGGCUCAGACCUCCCGCCUCAAGACUCGAUUGAAUGGGUGACAAGCGUGACUAAGGCGCUACGAACUCGGGGCAUGCUUAUCGAAAAGAAGCCUACGGACUGGUACAUUGAUGAAUCGGGCGUGUUUCACGAGCGUGGCCGCGCGGAAGCGGGUGUUGGAAAGACCACCCGUGUCGGGACAUCUACGUUGGUUGCGCCGCGGACUGGGCAGAACUGA